AUGAGUGUCACUGCCGAGUAUCACUGGGCUGCACGUCUCUAUCUCGGAAGUACAGUCAACACUAGAACCCUCGAUGUCACCAAGGCAACAGGGCCUGAUGGGAUAUCGGCCCGUCUUCUAAAAGAGACUGCUCCGGAAAUCGCACCAUCUCUGUGCAAGCUCUUCAACAAGUCUCUGAGCUUGGGGGCUCCACAUGAGUGGAAUGAGGCCAACGUGGUGCCUGUGUUUAAGAAGGGCAAAGCAGAAUUCACGGAAAACUACAGACUGAUCUCACUGUUGUCCCUGGUGUCAAAAGUCCUCGAAAGGUGUGUGCUUAGUAGCUUCAGUGAUCGACUAAGCGAGCUGGUUAAGGCGUAUCAACACGGAUUUCUCAAAGGAAAAUCUUCCACAUCCAGCCUGCUGGAAGUCCUAGACUUCUUAGGGGCUUAG